CCAAGCAGCCCACAGCUCAACUCUUCUUUAACCCUGAAAGGCUGCGUAGAUAACCGCGCCCCGCUUUGUAGCAUUAGGCUUGUACUAUUUUUUGAGAUAUUAAGCGCGCCAAGUGUUCGAUAGUUGUUCUGUGAGAAAAAAUUUGGUGAGUGUGUGUUUAGAAUAAUGGCAAACAGCAAGUACGAGUACGUGAAGUCAUUCGAGGUCGAAGACGAGGUCAUGUUGCCUAAUUUGAUCGUUGUUCGAAUCGACGGCCGCGAUUUUCGAAGGUUUUCUGAAGUUCAUGAGUUUGAGAAGCCAGAUGAUGGGAGGGCAUUGAAUUUGAUGAAUGCAUGUGCAACUGCGGUUUUAGAAGAGUAUCCAGAUAUAGUCUUCUCAUAUGGGUUUAGUGAUGAGUACAGUUUUGUCUUCAAGAAGACUUCCAAGUUCUACCAGAGGCGUGCCAGCAAACUACUAUCCCUCAUUGUAUCCUUCUUCUCUUCUGUAUAUGUCAUGAAAUGGAAAGAAUUUUUCCCUGAGAAGGAGUUAAAAUAUCCGCCAUCAUUUCAUUCGCGGGUAAUAUGUUGUGCUUCAAAAGAAGUUCUUCAAGCAUAUCUUGCAUGGAGACAAAAUGAUUGUCAUCUCAAUAAUCUGCAUGACACUUGUUUGUGGAUGUUGAUUAAAGGUGGAGAGAGUGAAAGGGAAGCACAAAAGCUUUUAAAGGGAACUCAAAAACAACACAAAAAUGAGUUGCUUUUUCAGAAAUUCCACAUCAAUUACAAGAAUCUUCCUGCAAUGUACCGUCAAGGAUCUUGCAUUUUCAAAACAGAGGUGGAAGAAAAUGUGAAGUACAAUGAGAAUGGCACUCCUGUUAAAAGACUCAGGAGAAAGGCAAGAAUAGUUCAUUCAGAGAAUAUAACUGGGAAAAACUUUUGGAACGAGCAUCUAAGUCUGCUGAAGGAGGUGGGCGGCUUUACGGAGGAUGUGGAAAAAAUAAAACCAGAGUUUGUUCGGUCCUUCCAAUUUGAGAACAAAUUGAUGCCAUCUACUUGGAUUGUAAUUAGAAUUGAUGGUUGCCAUUUUCAUAGAUUUUCUGAAGUUCAUGAAUUUGAGAAGCCAAACGACAAACAAGCUUUGAACCUUAUGAAUUCGUGUGCAGUGGCUGUGUUAGAAGAAAUUCAAGAUAUAAUAUUCACAUAUGGAGUCAGUGAUGAGUACAGCUUUGUUUUGAAGAAGGAUUCUCAAUUCUAUCAACGGAGAGCAAGUGAAAUAGUUUCUGUCACUGUAUCAUUCUUUUCUUCCAUGUACGUAAUGAAAUGGAAAGAAUUCUUUCCACAGAAAGAAUUGAAGUACCCUCCUUCUUUUGAUGGACGUGUUGUAUGCUAUCCGUCAUCUAAGAUUCUUUUGGACUAUCUGGCGUGGAGACAAGUUGAUUGCCACAUCAAUAAUCAGUAUAAUACUUGCUUCUGGAUGCUUGUUAAGAAGAAAGGAAAAAGCAAAAGUGAAGCUCAACAUUAUCUGAAGGGUACUCAAGCAAAGGAAAAAAAUGAAUUACUAAUCAAGGAAUUUGGUAUUGACUACAAUGAAUUAGAAAUCAUGUUCCGCCAAGGUUCCUUAGCUUUCUGGCAAAAGUUUUGUGUGCAGGAAGACAAAAAUAUGACACAUGAGAGCAAAGGAUCUGUCCAAAAUUCUCACAAGAAAGUAAUUGUAGAACAUUGCGAUAUAAUCAAACCCAAUUUUUGGGAAGCACACCCAAGCAUCCUUGAUGAGAACCUACCAAUAUAUUGAAGCAUUGGUCAGAAAUGAUCUCACCAACAUAAAUCUUGGCAAAAGCUUCCAUUGCCAUUAUUUUUAUAUUCUUUAUGCACAUGAAGUUACCAGCAACCUGUCUUUCACAGUUCUUGGAAGUCAGAAAUAGAAAUUAUUGCUAAAGAGAAACUAUGUUAUACUCCAGCGUUACUGUGGUGUGAGAUUAGUGAUUUAUGAUCACUUGUAAAUCUAAAGAGGUGACAGUCCCUGGAUGUAUUUAACAGAAAUUUUGGAUAUCUUUUUAUUGUUGGAGAUCAUAAAAUUGUUGAUCAGUGCAGUUGAUAUAUUAAAAAAUAAAAAAAUUAUUUUCUUGCCUUUUUCCUA